CGCGCAGGCUGUGUGUGUUGGUGUUAGUGUUAGCAGCAGCAGCAGCAGCAUGGCGGCGGCGGCGGCGGAGGGAGAGGGAGAGGAGGUAACCGUGUCUCUGGUGGAUGUGCUGGAGGAGGAUGAGGAGCUGGAGCAGGAAGCCUCGGCUGUGCUCGGAGGCAGCGACUCGGAGAAGUGCUCAUAUCCAGAGGGGUAUGUGAAGCGUCAGGCUCUGUACGCGUGUAACACCUGCACACCAAAGGGAGGAGAACCAGCAGGAAUCUGUCUCGCCUGUUCAUACAAGUGUCAUGAAGGUCACGAACUGUUCGAGCUCUACACCAAGAGGAAUUUCCGGUGUGACUGUGGGAAUGAGAAGUUCGGAGAGAUGGAGUGCAGGUUAUUCCCAGAGAAAGAGAAGACCAACUGCGGGAAUAAAUACAGUCACAAUUUCUUCGGGCUGUACUGCACGUGUGAGAGGCCGUACCCCGACCCAGAGGACGAGGUUGCCGAUGAGAUGAUCCAGUGUGUGGUGUGUGAGGACUGGCUGCACGGCCGGCACUUGGGCUGUGUGGUCCCAGAGUGUGUGGAACUUCAGGAAAUGAUCUGUGAGUCCUGCAUGAAUAAAUCUCCGUUCCUCUGGACCUACGCUGCUCACCUGGCCGUGCCUCCUACAGUGAAAGUGUGUAAAGAAGAGGAGGACAGUGUGAGAGUGGAGGUGGAGCAUGAUGAAGAGGAGAAUAAAACAGACGUGAAGAGCUCGCUGAAUGAAAAGGUGGAGGUGUGUGAGCAGGUGGAGGUGAACGGGACGGCCGGCUGUAAGAGGAAGCUGCAGGAGCUGGAGGCUGAAGGUUCAGGGUGCAGGUUUGAGGAGAUGAAGUCGUCGGGGAAGAGCCAGGUUCGGCAGGGAGCCGUGUUCUGGCCUGCAGCGUGGCGCACUAAACUCUGUUCCUGUCAGCGCUGUAAGAGUGUGUUAGCGGAGGGCGGCGUGUGCUUCCUGUUGGAUGAGACCGACACGGUGCUCGCGUAUGAGAAUAAGGGCAAAACCACAGAGCAGGCGAACGGAGGCGAAGCUCGAGACCCGCUCAUGUCUGCACUCAACAACCUGAACCACGUGCAGCAGCUCGAGAUCAUUCACGAGUAUAACGACAUGAAGACGGAGCUGAAGGAUUACUUACAGAGGUUUGCAGCGGAGGGAAAGGUGGUGACCCCGGAAGACAUCCGUCGCUUCUUUGAAGAGCAGCAGAGUCGUAAAAGACGGAGAGCCAACGCCGGUCAGUACUACUGCAGCUGAAUCCUCGUUCCACUAAAACCCGAACCUUCGACGUCCACAAUUCGUGCUCCUUUUGUAAUAAAUAUAAAUAUAAAUAUAAAUAUGCAGCCAUCAAUCGAGAAGCCAUGGUGCUGGUUUUGAGAUUUAAAACGUUGAGUCUGACGUUGAGGUUGUUCCCAAAGAGCCAUUUAUACCGAGACGUUCAAUAAAUUCAUUAAUAAACGCCGUGGAUGUGGCGCGGAUCAGCACGCGGAGAAAUCACGGGACACGAUCCACGCCGAAGCCCCGCCCAGGUUAACCUCACGUCACACGAUUAGAUGCUUUUGAUUUGUCUCCUGCUUGGUCAUUACCGCAUUCAGGAUUUGUUAUAAACACGUUCUGAUUGGGCCGCUUUUGUUUGUGUUCGCUUUUUUUUUUUUUUUCUUUUCUUCUUCCUCUCUCGCCAGUCCAUAUAAUGAAUUGUCGUGACCAAGUAGUGAUUUUAUUAUCGCUGUUUUAUCUGUACUUUAGACCUUGCAUUACUUUGUAAAUGUAUCUUUGAGAAAUUAAACGUAUUAAUACUUUGA